AUGCGAACAACCCUUCUUCUCUCUCUUCUUGCUCUCGUUUUUCACUCCUCAGCCAGCCUAUUAGCAAUAGACUAUGGCGCAGAAUGGACCAAGGCAGCGCUCAUGAAGCCUGGAGUGCCAUUCGACGUCCUCCUUACAAGGGACUCUAAAAGGAAGCUGCAGAGCGUCGUAGGUUGGAAAGGCGAUGAAAGGCUAUUUGGAUCUGAGGCUGCUGCUGUCCAAACGAGAUUCCCUACGGACUCGUUCCAGUUCCUCAAGCCUCUCCUCGGAACAGAGUAUUCCCAAGCUGCAGCAGCAAACCAGAGCGCUGUAUCGCUCGCUCGGACCUCAGAAAGUGAGCGGGGGACGUUCGUUUUCCAUCGGUCGGACGGCACGGCGUGGAAUGUCGAGGAGCUCGUGGGGAUGCAGUUUGGGUAUGUGAAGGAGCUUGCUGAGGCUUUGGGGGGGGAGCCGGUCAGAGAUUCCGUUGUAACCGUCCCAGCCUACUUCUCGCAUUUCCAGCGUCAAGCCGUGCUCGACUCGCUCGAAAUUGCCGGCUUGCGCCCGCUCGCACUCAUAAAUGAUGGCACGUCUGUUGCUGUUAACUUCGCCAUGACUCGGUCCUUCCCCAUCCCGGAGACGCAUAUUAUCUACGAUGCCGGGGCGGGCUCUAUCCGCGCUACGCUCGUCACGUUCUCUUCCUCCGUUUCUAAGUCGAAGAAGGACAAGGACAAGGAGACAACCCUCAUCGAAGUCAAGGGAAUGGGUUACGACCUUGUUGCGGGGGGGAUGGAGCUAGAUUUCCGCCUGCGCGAGCUGCUGGAAGAGGAUUUUGCGCAUAAGACUGGUGUGAGGAUCCAGGGUCCGAGGCCUGUCGCCAAGCUCGCAAAGGAAGCGGCGAGGGUCAAGGCUAUCCUCAGCGCCAACAUAGACUCUUCUGUUCAUAUCGAGAGCCUGUAUGAGGACAUCGACUACCGGAGCAAGGUAACCCGGGAACAGUUCGAGGCUGCUUGUGCAGACCUGAAGCCGAGGUUUACCCAGCCUGUGUUAGACGCACUGGCCAUGGCGAGACUGACGAUGGACAACGUGACGAGUGUGAUCCUUACGGGGGGCGCAUCGCGCACCCCGAUGAUCCAGUCGGUGGUGAACGCCGUUGUUGGGAAGGGAAAGAUUGCACAGAACGUCAAUGCGGACGAAUCCUCCGUUCUGGGCGCAGCGCUCUACGGCGCCUCCCUGUCGCCUCUUUUCAGGACAAAGGACAUCAAAGUUCAAGAUCUCGUCCCUUAUCCUAUCCAAAUGUCUUACCCCGCUGGGCAGCGGACGAUUCACACCCCGCUUUUCCCCCGCGGCUCUCGCGCGGGGCUCAAGAAGACAGUCUCCCUGAAACGAGCCGAAGAUUUUAGUGUUCUGUUCGAGUACAAGGACGCGCCACUCCAUACACGAGAGGAAAUCCUCGAAGUGUCCUUCAGCGGUGUCGAGGAGGCCGUUAGGAACCUCACCGACGGAGGAGCGAAAGAGACAGUCGCUAAGCUUACCGUGCAGUACUCUGAUAGCGGGCUGCUCAGCCUCAGGGAGGCGGCGCUCAUUGGAGAGGGGUAUGAGCAGUCGUUUGCCGGUGCGCUGAAGGGCCUGUUCGGGGCCGGAAAGCAAGAGGAUGUUGACCAGGAGGCGGAUCGGCCCGGUGCAGAGGGGGAGCAGGCUCCCCUUGAGGCUCCCGAGAUGAAGCAGGAUCCGAAGGAGCUCCCGCUGGCAUUUUCCGAAGUUGCCCGGUCGGUCCCCGGCCUAACGAAGGAAAGGAAGAGGAAGAGUAGGCAGAGGCUCAUGGCGCUCGACGCUGCUGAACAGACCAAGCGGCGUCGGGAGGAAGAACGCAAUCAGCUCGAGAGCUACAUCUACAAGCUCAGGGACGUGUUGCUUAGUGAUGCCGAGACGGUUUUUAUAGUGUAUUCGAGCGAAGCGGAGAGGGCGGCAUUGCGCAGCGUGCUGGAGGAAGUCACGGGCUGGAUGCAUGAGGCUGCUGAGACGGCGGAGCUUGUGCUCCUGAGGGAGAAACGCGCUGCUCUUGAGGCAGCGGAACAACCUAUUCAGUCCAGGGUGAAGGAAGCCCAGGAAUGGCCCCAGCAUCUGUCGGAUCUUCAGCGCGCUCUCACAGCAGGCAGGAUCUUCCUCACAGGUGCAUUCGAGAGCCGGACUAGUGACGAUCCUGAGAACCCGCCGCUGCAUUCGGACGAGGAAUUGGAGAAUGUCAAGACGAUUUUAGAAGAUACGGAGCACUGGCUUCAAGAGGCGCUUGUUGCUAACAAGAACAGGGCGAAACAUAUAGAUGCCACAAUCAAAACGUGGGAGAUGCGCUCCAGGGGGAUCCUCCUACAGGAUGCGGUGACGAAGCUGACGCGGCGGAAGGCGCCGAAGAAGCCUAAGAAGAUGUCGACAACUUCCGAGUCUUCUUCUACCACCGGGGCUGCCGAGCCUGGAAAGACGGCUGGCGUGGAGGGGCAAAAUGACGAAUCUCAGAUACCAUUGCAUAGACAGGAACUGUAGCAGGUGAGAUGUACCCGGAUGUGGUAGAUU